CACGUUGUGAAAUCUUCAAUGACAACAACGACAAUAACAGCAACAACAACAACAACAACAACAACAACAAUAAACAGAUUCGAGCAUAACCCGCCGUAGCGAUCAAUCGGCUCUGCGUCGUGUAAGAAGCUGAGCAUCAACAAGCGUCUUCUAUGGUCCUACUCAGCUUUGGUCGCUUCGUUCCGGGAAACAGCUUGUGGCUUUCUUGCAGAGGUAUUGGAGCAUCGGGCUGAGACUUUGACGGGUGCUGGAAGGCGUGAUGGCUGACGUCCACCACCACUCCUCCCCUCAACCUCAAGUGAUUUCGAUUUCUGCUCGGAUCCUUUUCAGCUACAAUGCACUGGUCAGGAACCUGUCUGACUGCAGAACCAGCAUUCUGCUCCUUUCUGAGGUAAAUCGGAUUGCUUUCGGUUACCACCGCGAUCGACAGCACGAUGGUCAAUAAAAAGGUAUCAGCACGGACUAAAAUCAUGAUGCAUAAAUCUUAUCCCUGGCUUUUGAAAUAUUGUUUCGAUCUUAAUAAAAAUGAAUGAAGGUCUCUUUGACAACUGCAUUGUAGAUCCCUGUUAACUGGCAGGAAUUACCCGAACCGGUAAUGCUGCGAGCCAACCAUUCUGAUUUCCUGACGGCAGCCAAAGACGAAUUCUUCUCGGAGCAGGUGUUCUGAUGCAAGUACACAAGGAUACGAGCACGGCAGGUAGUGGGCAGGAGGGCGGGGGGAGGGAGAGCAGAGGGGCGUCAACGGAUAAAGGAGGGAAGGGGGGACGGAAAGUAAAGAGUUUGCUGGACGAGAAGGCAGAGCUCUUGAAGAUGGGAAUCGACCUUGACGCUCCGAAGGCAACGGACGAAGUCGACGAGCAAACACUGGAGGAUCUUUCGCAGAAGAAGGCUCUGAUGGGUGUGCAAGAGCUUGCCAACGACGUGAAGUACACGGAGCCGAUGAAGACGGACUGGAGGCCCCCGAGGCACCUGCGAGAGACGACGGAAGAGGAGAGGGACAGGCUGAGGAAGAAGUGGCACAUCAUAGUCGAAGGCGAGGACGUACCUCCUCCAAUCAAGGACUUCAAGGACAUGAGGUUUCCGAAACCGACUCUUGACCUGCUUAAGGCCAAGGGCAUCGAACGCCCAACUCCCAUCCAGGUCCAGGGCCUUCCGGUCGCUCUGAGCGGAAGAGAUAUGAUCGGGAUCGCCUUCACGGGCUCCGGAAAAACCCUAGUCUUCUCUCUCCCUAUGGUGAUGAUCGCGUUGGAGCAGGAAACGAAGAUGCCGAUUGCGAGAGGGGAGGGACCUUUCGGGCUCUGUAUCAACCCGUCGAGGGAGCUGGCGAGGCAGACGUAUGAAGUCAUGAAGGAGCACUGCGAUGCCCUCGGCUUCGGAGGAUUUCCUCCUCUCCGCUGCCUGCUGUGCAUGGGAGGGAUCGACCUCCGUGAGCAGGGGGACGUGUUAGCCGGGGGAGUUCACUGUGUGGUAGCGACUCCUGGUCGACUCAUGGACCUUCUGGGGAAGGGGAGGCUGCGCCUUGACCUCUGCAGGUACCUUGCAUUGGAUGAGGCAGAUCGCAUGAUCGACAUGGGGUUUGAGGAAGAGGUCAGGGAGAUCCUCUCCUACUUCAAGGGGCAACGACAAACCCUCCUCUUCUCUGCUACGAUGCCUCUCCACAUCCAGAACUUUGCGAAGUCAGCGCUUGUGAAGCCGGUGUUGGUCAACGUUGGACGAGCCGGAGCUGCCAACCUUGACGUUAUCCAGCAGGAGGUCGAGUACGUCAAACAAGAGGCAAGGAUCGUUUACUUGCUCGAGUGCCUGCAGAAGACUGCUCCUCCUGCGCUGAUCUUCUGCGAGAACAAGGCAGACGUGGACGAUAUUCACGAGUACCUCCUCCUCAAGGGCGUGGAUGCUGUUAGCUCGCACGGCGGGAAGUCGCAGGAGGACCGAGAGUGGGCUACUUACCUCGCAGGCAAGGCGGAUGUGCUCGUAGCAACCGACGUGGCCGCCAAGGGCCUGGACUUCCCUGACGUGCAGCACGUCAUCAACUUUGACAUGCCCAAGGAGAUCGAGACUUAUGUGCAUCGGAUCGGAAGAACGGGGAGGUGCGGGAAGACUGGAGUAGCCACCACGUUCAUCAAUAAGAACUGCUCGGAACAAAUCUUACUCGACCUCAAGUAUCUUCUCAAGGAGGCAAAGCAGCAGAGGAUCCCCCCUGUUCUCAAUCACCUGGAGGAUCCAGACGAGGGCAGGUGA